CAUGUGGACAUUUCGCGCCAUAUUUCCGCACACACAGUUUACGCUCACUCGCCUCCCGCACCGUGUGCACGUCUCCUUGCGUGCGAUUAACCGAUCCUGAGGGGGGGAAAAAGAUGGCUAAGGUGCACAUAGUGAACGUGGUGGUGCUAGAUAACCCUUCGCCGUUCUUCAAUCCGUUCCAGUUCGAAAUCACCUUCGAAUGCGUCGAGGACCUGCAGGAAGAUCUGGAGUGGAAAAUAAUAUAUGUAGGUAGUGCUGAAAGUGAAGACUAUGAUCAGACCCUUGAUACAGUGUAUGUUGGACCAGUGCCAGAGGGGAAACACAUGUUUGUAUUUCAGGCUGAUCCACCAGAUCAUUCAAAAAUACCAGUUGGUGAUGCAGUAGGCGUGACGGUUGUGCUGUUAACUUGCGGGUACAAAGGACAGGAGUUUGUAAGAGUUGGUUAUUAUGUGAAUAAUUCUUAUACCGACCCUGAACUUCAAGAAACCCCGCCUGAUGUCCCACAGUUUGAAAAGCUUCAGAGAAAUAUCUUGGGAACACAGCCACGUGUCACAAAGUUCAAAAUUGACUGGGAUGAUGCAAAGGACUCAGAAAAUAUCCCACCCUCAGAGAACGCAGCAAGCGAUGGUGCCUCCACUUCACAGAAUUCUACAGAUCUCAAAGGCGUAACUGCGAUGGAGAGCAGUAAUAGUGCUUGUGCCAUGGAGGUGGCAUAAAUUUUUGAUUUUUAGGUCAAUUUUUCUAUACUGCUUAAACCCUUUCAUAUUGUAAUUGUGAAUGUUUUGUAUUCAGUGCAACUAGAUAAGCAGGUAUUGUACAGUCUUUUUGCCUCCCAUUCUGACAUGAUUUUGUGAUAAAAUUUUGCAUAGGGAAUAGUUUUCCAGUUAAUUACUACUUUUUAUAUGAAGCAAAUAUUGAUUCAUUUUAUUUCUUACAGUAGACUAUUUAUAUUAUAUUCGUCUUUACUUUGUUCAUAAAAGAUUUUUAUUUUCACAUUUUUGUUCAAGUGUUAUGCAGUCCAUCAUAUGUUCAUAAAG